AUGCGCAGAGUCGUGGUCACCGGGCUUGGCGCGCUCACGCCCUUGGGUCCCUCCGUAUCCCAAUCAUGGUCGCGCCUGCUCCAAGGCGCCUCUGGUAUCCGCCCCAUCCUCCAGCUUCCUAAUUAUAAGGACUACGAACCGCACUGUCCUCCGGAGACCGCGGUCGCGCAGGUCGCUGGGUUCGCUGCCACCAACCACCCAGACCUGUUCACCGCGCAAGACCUUCGCAGAAUGAGUCUAUUCACCCAGUUCGCCGUUGUCGCGGCCCAAGAGGCUCUAAUAGACUCCCAAUUGCUUGACCUCCUACACCGCGAGUCCAGUUUAAACGACCGGUUCGGUUGCGUCUUGGGCUCCGGAAUCGCCUCCAUCCACGACUUCUACGAUUCCAUCCUCAGUUUUGAUGGUGGUAAAAAGCUGUCACCGACCUUCGUGCCCCGGAUCCUCGCUAACAUGGCCUGCGGCAACGUUUCCAUCAAGUUCCAACUACGAGGCGUCUCCCAUUGUGCAUCCACGGCCUGCGCAACGGGGAACAAUGCUGUUGGUGAUGCUUACAACUUUAUCAAGCUCGGGUACAACGAUGUGUGCCUUGCGGGCGCCAGCGAGGCCAGUGUACACCCGCUGGCGCUGGCUGGGUUUUUGCGUGCGAAGAGUAUCUCUCCAGAUGGCGUCUCCAGGCCGUUUGACGGCCGUCGUAAUGGAUUUGUGCUAGGCGAGGGCGCCGGAGUGCUGGUUUUGGAGUCACUCGACCACGCUCGUGCUCGCAAUGCCAAGAUCUACGCCGAAAUCGAAGGUUACGGUCUCACUAGCGAUGCCCACCACAUCACAUCGCCUUUAGAGUCCGGUGACGGUGCCAGACGUGCUAUGCAAAUGGCGCUUGGUAGUUACAAUCCCAGCCAGGUCGACUACGUCAAUGCACAUGCUACUUCCACGGUGCUUGGCGACAGAGCAGAACUGCGCGCUAUCCAAAAUGUUUUCCAAGGCUCUCUCAAUGCCCCACUGAAAGUCUCCAGCAAUAAAGGUGCCAUUGGCCAUUUGCUGGGGGCCGCAGGCGCAGUUGAAAGCAUAUUCACCAUCAAGUCUCUACAGGAAGGAGUAGUGCCACCUACCCUGAACUUGGAAACGGUAGGUGGCUCGCAAGGCGACGAUAUUUUCACAGAUAUGGGACCGAUUGACCUGGUCAAAGGUGCCCCGGAGCGACGCGAGCUCCGCUACGCUCUCAACAAUAGCUUUGGGUUUGGAGGUAUCAAUUCAUCAAUUUUAUUCAAGAGAUGGGAUGCUUCAAACUAA